CCUCACAGGCUUGGCGGGCAUGUGAGGUGACCACAACAGGAUGCCUCUUAGCCAUUGCAUGUUAGUGCUGCGUGUCUGCGCCCUGCCAGGGUGGUGUGCUGCUGAACGAUUGUGCGGCCAAAUACCCUGCAGCGCUCAGCACUCACAGCGCAAUGCGUUAGUGCUUGUCCAAAAGGAAGAAAAGUGAUGAGUGCGGCCUCAUGUUCUUUCUCCUUCAUGGCAGCUCUCUUUGCAGACACCUCUGGUGACAUGAAUGAUGUCCUUGACCAUCCUAUUGCUGGGAGUUCUGGUGCAAAUGAAGGCUCCACACCCCUGCCCAUGAUGGAACUGACUUCACCAGAGCGGAGAAUGACUGCUGACAGGCGGCGUGUGCGACGUGUUGGAGUGCUCGCUGACUUUGCGAAGGCCAUGGUGGAGCAGGGAGAGGUCGAGGCAAUGGAGAGGAGGCGCUUCGAGGAUAGGCGGGAAAGGGAGGUGGCGUCAUUCAUGCAGAGCCGCGCAGAGCAAAACAGGGAGCUGUCAUCGCUGAGGCUGGCCAUCGACAGGGGGAAUGACAUAAUGCAGACCCUUGUGACGGCUUUGCUGCAGCGCAUGGGCUCCUCGGGUGGCAGGGGUGCUGGGGGUUCAUUGGGCGCCUCUGCUCCUGCGGUCGCAUCACAAACCUUGCCUGCCCCAGCGUUUCAGCAGUGCCUGCCCACUUGUGAAAUUGCUGGCCCGGCUGCAAAUCUCAUUGGAGAUGCGGCAGAGGUGACUUAUCCCACUCUGGCUGAGGACACCGACUUGGAGUCCUGUGUGGGCGCCACGGCGCCCCUUCCAUCACAGGUGGAGGACCUGAUGAUGGUUGGGGAGACCUCUGAGCUGUGCUGCACUCAGGUGGCUUGCCAAGAAUCACAGCCAAUGCACAAACGCUUGAGGAAGCCCAAAGCAAGAAUGGACCUGUGAGGACCUCCCCCCCCUGUUAUUUCUCUGUC